UGCCAUGGCACAGUCACGGGCCCUGAUUGCCUCUGGGGUACCAACAGUACCAGUGAAGAAUCUCAUUGGCUCCAGUCCUGUCCAUCCGGCUUUAGCUGGUAUUACAGGUAUUCUGAUGAGUGCAGCAGGACUACCUGUAUGUUUGACCCGUCCACCAAAACUAGUUCUGCAUCCCCCACCUGUCAGCAAGAGUGACAUCAGACCAAUUCCCGGCAUUGGGCACUGUUGCCGCAAGACCACCAAGAAACAAGCACGCAAAGGUAAGAAUUCAUGAGUAUUUGUACUUAUAGACAAAUUCACAG